AUGAAACAGUCAUUUGAAACUAUUGAAGAAUGGAAAAUAAUUGUCAGAGAUAUAUUUCAACAUGAUCAGUCGCUUGGAAUGGAAUUAAUUAAUAUUUCUAAUCCAGAUUGGAUAUUACUCGGCGAUGUUUAUUUUAAACUUGGUGAAUACAAUUUGGCAUUAAACUGUUAUUUGCAAGUAAAAGAUAAAGAUGUGUGUAACAAAACGAAAACAAAAUCUUAUAAAACGGGAAAAAGACUAAGGCAUAUACUGUCAAAGGCAGAAAAUUGUAAAGAUGUAAAUUUUACAAUUUUAUACAAUAUGAUCGUUUACAAAAGAACAAAAUUAAAUCAAGACUUUUUAGCAAAUAUUAUGUUGAAUUUAUGUUCUGUGCUAUCGUUAUCCCCCAUUAAAAAACAGCAAAUUGAUGUCAAAAGUAUAUUAAUUUCAACAUUAAGUAUGUAUAUUGAAGAUAAGAAUAUUUUAAACAAUAAACAUAUUUUCAAAUUACAUUUAUUAUUAAUAAACCAGAUUUUGGAUGAUAAAUUACUUUUGAACGGUGGCCUCCAUUGGAUGAAUAAAUAUAAAAAGGAUGAUUCUGAAGUGACAAAAUUGUACGAAUUAAACAAAACAAAUAUGUACGAUUUAUCGUCUCAACAAAUAAAUGUAUUGAUAUAUGACUCAUCAGUGGAAGAAUUUACAAAAGUUAUUAAUCAAACGUUCAACAUAGAAGCAUUAAAACAUACGUUACACGAAUAUAUUGAACAUGAAAGAAAUAUAGAUGCACUGCCCAUUAAGUGUCGUUCAAAGCUGUAUAUUAUUGAAAGUCAAAUAAGUAAACUUGUGAAUAAUAUUUUAAAAUCUCUAAAUAUUUUACAUAAAGCAUUAUUGUGUCGUACUGAUGAUAUUGAUGAUAUUUAUGAUAUUGUUGAAUACAAUGUAAUAGAUGGUAUUAUUGAAUACAAUGAGAUAGAUAAUAUUAAUAAAGAUGAGCAUAUUGAUGAUAUUAUCGAAGCUACCCAAGCAUGA